AUGAGGACCACAGUUAUGUGGUUCGCCCUACCCCUAGGGAAUUUCGAUCUGGGUCGAGCAACUCAAUUCGUGCAAAGAACUUGGUUGCAUCCAAGAAGUGGAUUUUAUACUGUGGGUGAUUUCAUGACUAGAAAAGAGGAUUUACAUGUGGUAAAGCCCACAACAAGCGUGGAUGAAGCUUUGGAAAUUCUAGUAGAGAAAAGAAUAACUGGUUUCCCUGUGAUUGAUGAUGACUGGAAGCUGGUUGGCCUUGUUUCUGAUUAUGACUUGUUAGCUUUGGACUCCAUAUCUGAGCAAUCUCUGGAUGCACUUCCCAUGAAAUAUAUGGCAGGGACAAAGGAGGGGAACAUAGGACUUGACUUUGCAGCUUCUACCCCUGACCUGAAAUUGUCUUCUCUAGGCAUAUUUGUUCAAGGCACAAAGAGAUGCCAUUUAGGUACAAGAAGUAGCAAGGCAAAUCGUUGUGCUUCACCCUGGUCCAGGCAGGUUGCAAGUCCUGUGACUCUCAAUGAUGGGGCUGGAGUUGAUGUGCAGAGCUUAAGGGAGAUUGCUCCCAUAAAAUCGUUCCAUCGAGCCCUAGAAGCCAAGCGAUUGAGCCAUCCAUCAAGCAUCGCCAUCUCCAUUCGAGCGCAGACUGAGCAUCACAGGAGUCCUGAGCCUUCAUCAGCCUUCGUCGAGCCCUUGACCCACCUCGAUCGAGCAUGCAGGAACCAUUCAAACCCAGACCAGUAUCGCAGGAGUAGUGAUUCUUCAUCACCGCCUCCGUUGAGCCCUAGACCGACCUCCAUUGAGCAUGCAGGCACCCUUCGAGCCCAGACAGCUUAUAUACUUUGUGCUAUUUUACCGAAUAGCCACGUUAUUUGCUAUGCGCUAUGCUGCUGUGGCCCUUUGCACUAUGGUGGCGGACAGGCCGAAACAAGUAUGUUCCCAGAAGUUGACAGCACUUGGAAGGGGAGAGGAAGGACAGGGUUUGAGCACCAUGACCUGGGGUGGUGGGAAACAUUUAACGAGGUGCAAAGAUUGCUUAGUAAAACCAAUGGGCAAGUGGUUGGAGAUUUAAUGACACCAGCACCAGUAGUUGUUCGUGAAUCCACUAAUCUGGAGGAUGCUGCUAGAUUAUUGCUGAAAACAAAUAUCGUCGACUUCCUGUGGUGGAUGGGGAGGGUUGGGAUUAUUACAAGAGGAAACAUCAUUAGAGCAGCCCUUCACAUUAAGCAUGCUACCGAAGCAUGA